AUGGCCGCCAACAACGUCAACGGUAACGGUGUCCACGCCGAGCUUUCUUCGUGGCAGCACUACAACCAGGGUACUUUCCUGUUCACCUCCGAGUCCGUCGGUGAGGGUCACCCCGACAAGAUUGCCGAUCAGGUCUCCGAUGCCAUUCUCGAUGCCUGCUUGCGCGAUGACCCCCUCUCCAAGGUCGCCUGUGAGACUGCGACCAAGACCGGUAUGAUCAUGGUCUUCGGCGAGAUUACCACCAGCGCCAAGCUCGACUACCAAAAGGUAGUCCGUGACGCCGUCAGGGAUAUCGGCUACGACGACUCGUCCAAGGGCUUCGACUACAAGACCCUCAACCUCCUCGUCGCCAUCGAGCAGCAGUCUCCCGAUAUCGCACAGGGUCUCCACUACGAUGAGGCCCUCGAGAAGCUCGGUGCUGGUGACCAGGGUAUCAUGUUCGGAUAUGCCACCGACGAGACCCCUGAGCUCUUCCCCCUCACCCUUCUCUUCGCCCACCAGCUCAAUGCUGCCAUGUCCGCCGCCCGCCGCGACGGCUCCCUUCCCUGGCUCCGACCCGACACCAAGACCCAGGUCACUAUUGAGUACAAGCACGACAACGGUGCCGUCGUUCCCCUCCGCGUCCACACCGUCGUCGUCUCUGCUCAGCACAGCGCCGAUAUCACCACCGAGAAGCUCCGACAGGAGAUCAAGGAGAAGAUCAUCAAGAAGACCAUCCCUGCUAAGUACUUGGAUGACAACACCAUCUACCACAUUCAACCCUCUGGUCUCUUCAUCAUCGGUGGUCCCCAGGGUGACGCCGGUCUCACUGGUCGCAAGAUCAUUGUUGACACCUACGGUGGUUGGGGCGCUCACGGUGGUGGUGCCUUCUCCGGCAAGGAUUUCUCCAAGGUCGACCGAUCUGCCGCCUACCUCUCUCGAUGGAUUGCCAAGUCCCUCGUCGCCGCCAAGCUCUGCCGCCGUGCCCUCGUCCAGCUUUCGUACGCCAUUGGUGUUGCCGAGCCCCUUUCCAUCUACGUCGAUACCUACGGCACCUCCGAGAAGACCUCUGAGGAGCUUGUGGAGAUUAUCCGCAACAACUUCGACAUGAGGCCCGGUGUCAUCGUCCGUGAGCUCGACCUCGACAAGCCCAUCUACCUCCAGACCGCCAAGAACGGUCACUUCGGCACCAACCAGAGCUUCAGCUGGGAGAAGCCCAAGGCUCUCAAGUUCUAA